GGAAAGCAGCGGGAGAAUGACAUCAUGUCGCCGCCUAUAGCGGGCACUUACCGCUAGGACCCCCUGAUGGUUCGGGUGUUUCCAUGGUGACAGCGCUCGCGGAAUGCCCGGGCUCCCCGCGCUGCCUUUAUUGUGCUUUUGAAUUUUUGAAAUCCCCGGCACUUCCCGCCCGAAUUUGUUGCCAUCAAACAUGACGUACCCUGAACCUGGCCCCGCCCACUCGCGGGGUCAGCCAAUCACCAACUGCCCCUUGGUCACCCCGCCCGUUUCAGGAAGCUGUUCUGUUGACGGUUGGUCGGUGGGUCCCCGGUUUGUCGUGCUCGCGGGAGAGCGGUGUGCGGUGUGAGGGGCGGCGAGGCGGGUGACUCGGAGCGGGGGGGCGGCGGUGACCGGCUGUGUCUGUGAGGGGGACUCGGGGGGAGGACGUGUUUGGGGGCGUGGCCGGGCGAGGGGCGUGGCCGGAGCUGAGGUUGUUGCUGUCGCUCGGUGUCACUUUCAUUGUAUUAUAAACAGUAUCCGGAGCCGCGGCCUGACAGCGGGACACCGACACCGGGAUACCGAUACUGACACACCGACACUGAUACCGGGAUACCGAUACUGACACCGCCUCCUCCAGCAUCACCGUAAUCAAAAACAGCCCUGCCUGGAGCCCCCCAAUAACCCGGGAUAGCUUGUGACAGCCCUGCCUGGAGCCCCCCAAUAACCCGGGAUAGCUUGUGACAGCCCUGCCUGGAGCCCCCCAAUAACCCGGGAUAGCUUGUGACAGCCCUGCCUGGAGCCCCCCAGUAACCCGGGAUAGCUUGUGACAGCCCUGCCUGGAGCCCCCCAAUCACCCGGGAUAGCUUGUGACAGCCCUGCCUGGAGCCCCCCAAUAACCCGGGAUAGCUUGUGACAGCCCUGCACAUCCAGUGAACCCUCUCCAUUACUGAGACCUCAAACAUGGAGCAGCUGCACAGCAACCUCCAGGUCCUGCUCCAAGCAGCAGAGUAUGUGGAGCGGAGAGAGAGAGGUGAGAUCUACUCUACUCCACAUAUUGAUCCUUUUGCCCCCCCUCCUACUGAUCCUCUUGCCCCCCCCUCCUCUCCUCUUGCCCCCCCCUCCCUGCAGUCCUCUUGCCCCCCCCCCCCCUACUGAUCCUCUUGCCCCCCCCCACCCUGCAGUCUCUUGCCCCCCCCUCCUGCUAGUCUCUUGCCCCCCCCCCCUCCCUACUGAUCAAUCUCCCUACCACCCUCUUGCCCUCUCCUACUGAUCCUCUUGCCCCCCCCCCUCCUGCCCCAGUCCUCUUGCCGAUCCUCACCCCCUCCUGCCGAUCCUCUUGCCCCCCCCUCCUACUGAUCCUCUGCCCCCCCCUCCUGCAGUCCUCUUGCCCCCCUCCUACUGAUCCUCUUGCCCCCCCCUCCCUGCCCUCUUGCCCCUCCUGCUGAUCCUCUUGCCGCCCCCCCCUCCUGAUCCUCUUGCCCCCCCCCUCCCUGCUGAUCCUCUUGCCGCCCCCUCUACUGAUCCUCUUGCCCCCCCCUACUGAUCCUCUUGCAUCUGAGUCCUGCCUCCCUGAUCCUCUACUGAUCCUCUUGCCUACUGAUCCUCUUGCCCCCCCCCUCCUCCUACUGAUCCCCUUGCCCCUCCUCCUACUCCCCUUGCUCCUACUGCUGAACCUCUGCUGAGUGCUCUUAAAGCCCCCCCCUUACUGAUGCUCUUGAUGCCCUCCUACUGAUGCUCUUGCGCCCCCCCCUACUGAUGCUCUUGUACCUUCCACCCACUUUUGCUGCUCCUCGUGCACCCCCAUCUGCUCCUCUUGCAAUCCCCCAUCCCCUUCUACCUCUUCUCUUGCACUUACUGCUCCUUGUGCACCCUACUCCACAUACUUCUAUUCUUGGCCCCCCAUCCCCUCCUACUGCUCCUCGUGCACACCCCCAUCCCCUCCUACUGCGCCUCGUGCACCCCCAUCUGCUCCUCCUGCAAUCCCCCAUCCCCUUCUACCCCUUCUCUUGCACUCCCCCAUCCCCUCCUAAUGCUCCACUUGCACCCCCCAUCCUCCCCUACUGCUUCUCUUGCACCCCCCAUUCCCCCUACUACUCCUCUUGUAUUCUCCGGCCCCACAUACGGCCCCUCUCCUCUUCUGUAACUCACACUGGGGCAUAAAUUUAAAACACUCAGGCUCUGCUUCCCUAUAAAUCUCUGCAUGUCCCUCCUAUCCCCAUGUUCCUGGGCUGAAGCCUCUCUCUAAAAGCAAAACCAUGACUUUUGAUUUCCUUUAAUGGAAGAUGUAAUGUCUAUAGCCAAUUAGGUUAGAGCAAGUUCAGGAUUUUAUUGCUUACUAGAACUGGGUUCUUUAUUAAAGUUAAAUAGCCAGACCUUAAAAUUGAAUUUCAAAUCUUAGGCCACAAUAGCCAAAUCGGUUAAAAAUCUCCUAGUUCGUUAUGUCUUUAGUUCUGUUGUUUUGGCCUAAAAUUUGAAAUUCACUCGAAAUACAAAAUCGAAAUAACGUUGGUGGGAAAAAAAAACUGAAUAUUGUGACCAUCUGUCAUAUCAUUGCUGCUGUCAGCGAUCCAUACAGUUAGUCAGGCCAACUGCUGUCUGUGGAUUACACAGGAAGUACAGCAACACUGGAGGAAGGGUCAUUAAUUGGUACUAAAACCCAUAAUAUCCUUUCAACUAGUCGCUAUGUCUAUUACAGCAUUUUAAUGCUAAAAUAUAUUUAUUUCAUAAUUCCCUUUUACUGUUUCAAUGUGAUCCCUUGAGCGUUGGUUAUUGUUUUGUUGGUUAUUGUUUAGUUCUGAGGCUUGUUGCCUUCAUAUUAUCCUUUGCUCUUUCCUACCAAGUCUCUUUUCUUGCCUUCAGUAUGCUUUGUUUAUUUCUUUGUUUGCUAUUCCUGUGUCUUUUCUGUACCCCAGCGAUAUCAUAUCCUUAAGGGCCCAGUGUUUUUUUCAUAGCUUCCAUUUUUUUAGUUUGCAACCUAACCUGUUAUAACCUGUUUAUAAACAACCUCAUUACGCCUUCCUUGUACUUCUUUCACUUUACUAUUGUUCAUUCUUCUGUGCCUUUCCUGUCUGUUAUCACUGUCUUACAUUCCUCUUCACCCUACUACAUUUUCAUAAUUUGAACCUAUUUUUUUUAGGCUCUGCCUCGUGAAGCAUUGGUACCUAUACCAUAUAUUUCCUCUAUGUCUCCCUAUUUCUUUUUCCAUAUUUGUUCUCUGGGUUUUAGUGGAGUUAUCAACACAUUGUUAAUUAAUGAUCUUUGAUUUCUUUAACAAGGUACUGAAUAAUGCUUACCUUUCAGAAGCUGAACAUGGAUAUGCUUCUAUUCUACCAUGUGACGCCUCUACUCCUGGGAGAAGGAAACGGCAGAGGACCAACAGCAGUCCAGAUAGUGUCAGGUAAGCUAGAAAACAUGGAGUCAGUGAGUGAAAUCAAUCAAGAACACUUACUGAAACUGUAAAGUUUUUUAAAAACGUAUUAAAGCCUUUAUACGGUUUAAUUAUAUUAAAUGAUGCCAAAAUCAAGAUAGGAAUUUAAUUCAAACUUAUAAAACAUGCAUUAACACUCCUGUCAUAUCAUUUGGGUUUGUUUUUUAAUCUUGCUUCAGGUGUACUUGGAAGAGCUGUACGUCGGUGGCAUAAUAAAAAUUAAAUAGAAAUGGUUGGAGGGGGAGGGAUUUAAAUGUGAUAAUUAUUUUGCUUAAAAAAAACAAACAAGAAACUUACGCAAGGUAGGAAGUACAAGGAAAUUUGCUUGCUUUGCAGAAGUCUCUGAGCUAUACGAAGUUCGAUAUGCCUCAUCUUUCCCUCUUGACCUGGUGUGUGUCUCCAAAAAUCACAGUUUUUGUGUGAUCUAGUUUGUGUGUUUUACUGCUUAAUAUGUUGCUGUAAGAUUAUAUUAAUUUUUUUCUUUUAAUUAAUCUGCAGGUCUGUCCACAACGAGCUAGAGAAACACAGGUGAGUGUGACACAGGCAGAGUGUUAUUGAAACUUUUCAUGGGCAGAUUUUAAAAUUUGGGGUUUAUUUAUAAAGGGAAUUUUUGGGAAACUUCAAAUGGAUUAGCCCACUUUGUAAAAAUAUUUCCCAAAAAUUGCUCUUUAUCACAAAUUUUUUAUUUUAUUUUUUACAUCUGCCUACCACCUCUGAAAAGUACAGAGUGCUAGGAAGAAACUGUUCUGAACACAUUACCCGGUGGGCUACAAUCUAUUUUUACUGCAGAUUCCACUGGUUUCAGCAUCUUUUAAAAGAUCUCUUGUCAAGCUCAGUGACAAAUCUUAACUCUUUUUGAGACUUGUUUGGAGCCUAGAUUUAAGUCCAGUUGCUUGGGGAACUCAGAAUAUACUAAUAAAUUUACCCAAGUGUCAGAUACUAAGGGAAUUAUGUAUAUGAAAGGUAUACUAUAGUGCCAGGAAUACAAAGCUGUAUAAAAACCCUUUAUUUACUUACCCGAUACCAGCGCCAAUGUCCCUCGUUGCUGGGUCGUGGCACCGCCUCCUCAGACGUUGCUCAACAAGGGGGGCGCUAAUGCGCAUGCGCGGUAAGUGCAGCAUGCCCAGUAAGUGCCACAUGCCCACUAUGCAUCCCCGUAUCACAGCAUUGAAUCAAUGCUUUUCUAUGGGGAAAUAGAACAGACCUUUGCUGAUGCUGGAUGUUCUCAUGCAGAGCAUGAGGACGUCCAGUGGCCGUUACUGGACCAAAGGUCUGUUAACAUCCAGUAAGCGUCUCUGGUGACUGUCUGGUAGACAGCCUCUGGAGGCAGACUUGGUGCUGCAAUAUAAAUAUUGCAGUUUCUCUGGAACUGCAAAGUUUUACAUUGCAGCAUUAAGUGCAACAGGGACACUGUACCCAGACCACUUCAAUUAGCUGAAGUGGUCUGGGUGCCUAUAGUGUCCCUUGAAGCAUUUAUGGGGCAAUAUUCUGAAAGUUGUUCUGUCCAAACAGAAUGAUCCUGCUUAUUACUCCACUCCCCUGAAGUUAUCGUUCUUCCACUGACAGUUAUGUAUGCUGUUAUUUAGAUUUAAAGGGGCACUCAAAGCAACAUAACCUCUUCGUCUAGCUAACUUAAUUCCACCAGUGUCACCCAACAUCUGCCCAAUUUGGAUUAAACUGAUUGAUAGAUAAUAUGGACCUGCUGGUUAUGAGGUGCUUUCCGGCCAUUGGAAAAGCCUCCAUUUAUGUUGAUCCACUCCUAAAUAUUAAACCAGGGAGUGGCAACACAACAUUUUAGGCAGUCCAGCCAACACAGUGAUUUGUAGUGCAUAUACUGCUUAUAGUGCAGGUUGAGUAUUUUAACACUGAAAGGACCACUAUAGUGCCAGGAAAACAAACUAGUUUUCCUGGCACUAUAGUGCCGUGAGGGUUCCGGCCACCCUCAGGGUCCCACUCCUGUGGAGCUGAAGUGGGAGGAAGGGGUUAAUCCCUUACCUUUUUUCCAGUGCCGGGCUCCCUCGGCGUUGGGACUCUUCUUCCGUCUUCGGUGCGCGCAUUCAGCCAGUCCAUAGGAAAGCAUUCUCAAUGCUUUCCUAUGGACGCUGGCGUCUUCUCACUGUGAAAAUCACAGUGAGAAGCGCGGAAGCGUCUCUAGCGGCUGUCAAUGAGGCUGGAUUAACCCAUAGGUAAACAUAGCAGUUUCUCUGAAACUGCUAUGUUUACAGCAAAAAGGGUUAAACCUAGCUGGACCUGGCACCCAGACCACUUCAUUAAGCUGAAGUGGUCUGGGUGCCUAUAGUGGUCCUUUAAUUUUAGGAAUACAGUUUGCAGUUUGUAGUAAAUACAGACGUGCUUUACUAGACAGACUAGGCUUCUACUUAGGGGAAUCUGCAUGUAAGGAUAAUUUGGGGUUCAAAGUAAUAUCUCAAAUGGUUUUAGCUUUUUAAGAUGCUUUGUUUUAAAGUCCUUCGUUUACUGUGUUUAGCUUGAUGUUUCUUCCAUAUCUUUUAAAAAUAAAAGAAAAUUUUAAAAAAUAAUAAUCUUUUUCUGCCUGGGUCUCAUGGCUUUCUCUAACUUGUUGAGUUUUUAUUAAUUAAUCUAUUUAUAUAUUUAUUUUGUUGCUGUACCCUUUAAGAACAGAUUUUUAUGGGAAAUAUAUGGUGAUCACCCUGUAGUGAAGCAUUGUGGAGUGUUUACAUUAAAAAAAAAAUUUAGUGGAUUUAAAUAGUUUAGUAAUAUUGUAUUUUUUUUUUUUUACCCUUUUCUUAGAUUAUAUGGCACUUUGUGUUAGAGUUCACCUCUAAACCACAGAACAUACUUUAAUGGAACACUAUAGGGUCAGGAACACAACCGUGUAUGCCUGACCGUAUAGUGUUAAAACCACCAUUUAUGUGGCUUGCCCCCUUAAUAGGUAAUAAAACGCCGACUUGGCCAAGCAGCUCCUUCUCAUAGAGAUGCAUUGAAUCAAUUAAUCUGUUUGAGGAAAGCUCCGCGUCUCCAUGCAGAGCAUAGGGAUGCUCAGUGGCAGUGCUGCAAACUGUGACGCACUGCCCCAGGAAGCACCUCCAGUGGCCAUUUGAGAAGUGUCCACUGGAAGUGUCCCUUGGCUGUAAUGUAAACACUGCAUUUUCUCUGAAAAGACAGUGUUUACAUGAAAAUGCCUGAAGGGAAUGAUUAUACUCACCAGAACAACUACAUUAAACUGUAGUUGUUCUGUUGACUAUAGGGUCCCUUUAAAGACAUUCUAGUAUAACUUAUACUAUAUUGUAAUUAUUUGUUUUUCAGUUGUAGAAAUCUAGUUAGAUGUUUGUCACUAAUAUUUUUUGUUCUGUUGUGUGUCGUAUUUUUUUUUCUUUAUAAUAUAAAAUAAGAAUACGGUACAUAUUUGAUGGAAAGUAGCUAGAAUUCUUUGAACUUGAAUUCUGGAUACAGUUUUACAGGGAAAGGGGAAGGAAACUUCUGCAAAAUCUUGAUGUUACUCCAGGGCUUGUUUUCAAUAAAGGAAAUAUAUCCUUCCAUAAUGGAGCAACUCCACAUAAUGCCAUUCAACCUUUUGUAAAUUAAAUUCAAAGUUUGCAUUUUUUUUUUUUUUUUUUAUUAUUAAUACUGGAUUGUUCUUCAUAUGUACAAUAAUGUUUUUUGAUUGGAUUUGAUGGUUCUAUGUUUUUGUUUUGUUUGUUUUUUUAAUAGUUUCUAUAUUUAAUAGAGGCAGUUCUUGCUAAAUCUAUUAUUCAAAGUGCAAAUAAGGAAAUGACUGGUAAAAUCCCUUUUCUCUCCUGCCUCAGGCUGGCGAUACUGGUAGGUUCAAACCUACAAAACAUUGUAUGCAGUAUUGUUUUUCUAUAUAAUAGUAUAAAUUAUGUUAUCAGGACAGCAAAUGAAAGGGCUACUUACUAUAAAUGUAACCAUACUCCUCUCAAACACAUACAAUAACAUAUAUUCCAUUAAAACAAUGUUUAUGGCAAGAGCAAUUACACCUGCCUUUAUCAGGUGUGGACUUGUAAUAUGCCCGCUGUGAUCAGUGGUUUGGUUUUCUCUUGCAACACUCAUUGCUUUUGAUGGUAACAUUCAUUGCUUUUUUUGAUGGUAAGCCUUACUAUUUUAUAUUAUUAUUAUUAUUAUUAUUAUUAUUAUUACAUUUUUUUUAUUUUUUAUUUAUUUUAUUUUUUUUAGACAUUCAAUGACUAAAAAAAGGGCUACAGUUGAGGAUUGAGUUUAAAACCCUGUUCAUAGUCCGAACAUCUCUUUUGUUUUCACUUUCCCUGUGUGCAACAGUCUAGCAAUAUGUAUGUUAAUGUUACCUGCACGCAGUUUCUGCCUUUUUGUUUUAUUUCUGUAAAACUGUAUUUUUCCAACUGCACUCCAUGAACAUAUUGUUUAACAUAAAUUGUGACAGGAGGUAAAAGAACCCAUUUAUCCUGUCCUUUGUUUUUUUGGUUUUUUUUUUAAAUGUCUUAUUUGUUCUUCAGGUUAGGUUUCUACAGAACCCAAGAAUCCUUGAACUUAUUUUCUCGCUUCCUGAUUAGUAUUCAGUUUGUGCUAGUAAAAACCAUCUACUACUAGCGUAUCAACAAAAGUUGCAUAUUCAUACAUUAUCCAUCAUUCUUCCUCUCUCCAAAUUCAAUUCCUUACUCCUUUGCUUUUGAACUCUCCAAUUAGUAAAACUGUUGCCUUGAAGCCUUUUUUAUGGCAUACAUUUUGUUUAUAACAUCCGUUGUUACGGUUUUUCAGUUAAACAAGAAAAGGAAUUAUUCACAAAUCGUUAAGGUAGCAAUAUAACCUCAUGUCUAUUGAUAGAGUAACAUAAACAAAUGAGCGUUUUUUUUAAAGGAAAUAGCAGUUUGAUUCAGCAAGCAGAAGUAGUGAUCUAUGAAGAAUGCACAAAGGCACAUGAGAUUGUUAAAAUAGAAGUUUCAAAGCCCGAACUCUGUAACAGUGGUGCUUCCUACCCAGAGCUACUCCAAUCUGGUGCUGUUUCAUAUCCACUAAUGCAAAGCACAGGGCAGAAACGUUCCUUUCAUUUUUAUUGUGAUUGGGCCCACUUUCAGAGCUUUGAUGUAGAAUUGUUCAUCGCUCGUGAUACUUAAUGUUUCACAAUGAGUAUAUGUUUAUUUUUACAUUUUGUUAAGCGGCAUUAGGAGUAAUACUGUGAAAUGUCUACAGAACUAUACUUGGUAUAUUCAAUUUUGAUUUAGAUUUUUUGCAUGUUCGUGUCACCUCUGUUGCCUUGUGGAUUUUAUUAUAUGUAUAUUAAGUCCUUAAGGCUUAUAGCAAAUUGACGUAACCGAAAAAAAAAAUAAUCAAAUUUCCUGGCUAUUAUAGGGCAUGUGGUUAUUUAUUCUAACACAAACUAGGAUUCCUGUAAAUUAAUCUUUUAAUUUAUGUAAUCUUUAUAAAACAAGAUGGUCAUUAGUAUUAUUUAAGCACCUUUAUCUGGGAUGGUGACAUUUUCUUGUUACAUUUUGGAUCUUGGUGCCAAACAUUUUUUUCAUACACACCCCAUAAUUUUGUAAUUACAUGUCAUUGUCUACUGCAAGUGGGUGGAAACAAGUUGUUGUUGUUGUUGUUGUUGUUGUUGUUAAUAAAUAUAUAUAUAUAUAUAUAUAUAUAUAUAUAUAUAUAUAUAUAUAUAUAUAUAUAUAUAUAUAUAUAGAACCUUGUCUGCAGGUAGCACUGUCCUCUAAGGUAAACAACAGACACAGUCCUUUUAUUUUCAUAUAAUCCAGGCACUUUAUUUGUAAGUCCACACAGGAGACCGCAGCAAAUGAAAACAUAAAUAUAACACAAAUCCCUAUAAACAAAAACCUAGCUCGUCUGAGCACUUACUAACAUCAGGUUCCCUAUCUCUCAGGGGUUAAAUUAGAACAAAACAAUAUUGGUUUCACCAACCUAGUGUCUUUGUCAGCUCUCUGCACUCCAGUGCUUAGUCAGCCUGCUGCUUUCCUUUCUGCACUCCCAGUGCUCCAAGCCAGCCUUGACUGUUUCCUUCUGCGCUCCCAAUGCUCAGUCUCCUUGACUCUCUCACUGGAGAGAACAGACUCUCUCCUACCUGCUUCCAGGGAGGAAGCCAGCAAUCUCCCUUUACCUGCCUAGCAGGGAGAGGUUUAUUCCCACUGCUUCAGCUGAUUAUCUGCAGCUGAGCAGUGGGUUGGAGACCGUUCCAAAAAACUCUGGCCUGGACCUUAUUUCUCCCAGUUGUGUAUAAACUGAGGAGUGGAGCAUUGGCCCACCCUACUCUCCAAAUGCUCCACCCCAGGAGCCCAUAACUAAACGUAGCUUUGUGUUGCACACCACACAUACAACACGUACUUCCCCUGGGGUUAAAUGUUAAAGGACCACUAUAGUGCCAGGAAAACAUACUCGUUUUCCUGGCACUUUAGUGCCCUGAGGGUGCCCCCACCCUCAGGGUCCCCCUCCUGCCCGGCUCUGGAAAGGGGUUAAAACUUACCUUUUUCCAGCGCUGGGCAGGGAGCUCUCCUCCUCCAAUCCUCCCUGUCGGCUGAACGCGCACGCGCGGCAAGAGCUGCGCGCACAUUCAGCCGGUCACAUAGGAAAGCAUUCAUAAUGCUUUCCUAUGGACGCUUGCGUGCUCUCACUGUGAAAAUCACAGUGAGAAGCACGCAAGCGCCUCUAGCGGCUGUCAAUGAGACAGCCACUAGAGGAUUAGGGGGAAGGCUUAACCCAUUCACAAACAUGGCAGUUUCUCUGAAACUGCUAUGUUUAUGAAAAAAUGGGUUAACCCUAGCUGGACCUGGCACCCAGACCACUUCAUUAAGCUGGAGUGGUCCUUUAAAGGCCUCUCUGCCUUCACUUUAUCACAAUAUAAAUAUAUAUAUUUUAAUUAUAAUUUUUUUCCCCUCAUCAGUUUCCUAUUCUAAAAUGAAUCAGGCAAAAAAUUUCCCAUUGAAUCAAAAUAUAAACUAACCAUAUCAUUUAUAGGUGCAAUAACAUAAGUAUCAAAAACUAUAACAUUAUAAAACUUUUUAUCACUCUUUGCACAUUUAAUUGGGGGUUGUUUUGCUGUUUUUUAAGAUUAUGAUUUGAUAUAUAACACACAUUUCUGCAACGUUAGAGGGGGAAGAAAAUUACCAAACUGCCACAUGUAAAAGCAUAAUUAUAUUUAAUUUCUGAAAAGCAACAUUCCAUGCUGAUAACAUGCAGGUUUUCCAAUGCAAUGGCUAAGAAAAUGGAGGUCUGUGGUAAUGAGAAAUGUUACUAUACUACCAGUGUCUAGAUUGUGUAAUAUCCGCAUUGGAACAGAAUUUUAUAAUUAUUAAAUUUUGGACUGUUUGUAGUCAUUGAUGACUUGCUUUAGUCAGUCAGUGCACCACACAUUUUAAAAGGCAGAACCAGUUGAGCAGUCCUAGUAUUUGCAGGGCCUAGAAAUCCUUUGCUACUAGCCAAGCUUUUUAAAGUUACUCGUCUCUGCAUGACACACCUAUCACAGCUGAAUUUUUACGAACUAGAGCUGAAUUUUCACUCCAUGGCUAGUGGUGAGUAGAAAUGUUAAACCCUGGUUUUGAUACAAAAUGAGAUUGAUUUCAGCAGUCACUAGUGAAUUAUGCAGUACAGGCAGGUAUAAAAGAACAAAAACUGAACGCAUCCAGAACCUAUGAUUGGAUUGGUCUUUGCAGCUCACAUAAGUGUUAUGCGAUUCUUUGGCUAUGUAAACUUUUAAUAUAAUUAUUCAUUUUCUAGGUUUUAAUAUUGCAAUAAACUAUUUGUAUUGACAUUUUGCAGCUAGAAGCCUUAUUGUGUGGUUUCUUUGAAUCAUGAUGACUGUUCUACAUUUGCAGGAGAGCUCAGCUACGGAGGUGUUUGGAGCAGUUGAAGCAGCAAGUUCCGCUCAGUGUGGACACGUCUCGGCACACAACGCUCAGCCUUCUGCACAGAGCCAAGCAGCACAUCAAGGUGAGUUUACAGUAAGACGCACACACUGCUGGGAUCUGUUGGGUAUUUCUGACAUUUUCAGAAUUGUAGUUACUAAAGCAGGGAUAUGCACAUCUUCAAACGCCAAAGCAUCUUAACCACAUUUACAGACUUUGCAUAGCUGUAUGUGAACUCUAAGUGGCAUUAAAUUAUCACUAUAGGGCCAGGUUCACAAUACAUGUAUUCCUGACCCUAUAGUGAAAACCCACCAUUUAGGUGGCUUUCCCCACCUCCCUUAGCCCCCUCAGAAUGGGUUUAAACUCACCUUAUUUCCAGCUGUCCAUGGGUCUGCUGAUCCUGCCCCCUUGGUCCCGUCCCCAUUGAGAAAGCAUUGGAUUAGCUAAAAUCGGCAAGGAGGUGGGGCCAAACGCUGUUUUAGCCAAUCCGUACCUCCUCCUAGAGAUACAUUGAAUCAAUGCAUCUCUAUGCGGAAUAUUCAGCGUCCCCAUGCAGAGUGUGGGGACACUGAACGGCAGGGCUGCUUACUGUGCAGCCCUGAGCCAGGAAGCCCCUCCAGUGGCCACUUGGAGGUGUCCCUAGCGUGGGGAUGCUGAACGGCAGGGCUGCCUACUGUGCAGCCCUGAGCCAGGAAGCCCCUCCAGUAGCCACUUGGAGGUGUCCCUAGCGUGGGGACGCUGAACGGCAGGGCUGCUUACUGUGCAGCCCUGAGCCAGGAAGCCCCUCCAGUGGCCACUUGGAGGUGUCCCUAGGGGCAAUGUAAAUACUGCCUUUUCUCUAAAAAGGCAGUGUUUGCUUAAAAAUGCCUGAAGGCAGCCCCUAUACUCACCAGAACAACCACAUUAAGCUGUUGUUGUUCUGGUGACUGUUGGGUACCUUUUUAAUACUUACAUGUCAUCUAGAAAUAAUCUGUAAACCACUAUUUUGUUUUAAGGGGGUCUUUAUUUCAUUCCAUGCUCUGUUGGUUUGUGGAUCAAUAUUUUAUGUCCUCAACAGUAUCCAAAAGUGCUUUAUUGCAUGCAGUGUGGAUUCAUGGUAUUGGUCCAUGAUAACUAACCAAGUCGAUAAUGACACAUCAGAUAUUUCUGAAAUAUAUUUUUCCAUAAUGUCCAGUCACCCUUAUGAUUAAAUGAGUGUCCUGUGUGUUUUUAUGUUUCCACCACUGAUCUAAAUGUCUCUUAAGUUUUAAGUACAUGUAAAAAUAAAUCCUCUUUGUAGCUGUGACUGCAUUGUGCUUUAUUGCAUUUGGAUCAGGAAGCAGUGUGUGUGUGUCAAUGCCUAAUGAAGAAAUACAUUUAGAAGUGUUAGCACAUUACUUGUACUUGCCUCCUAUCAUGUCAUUUCUUUGCAGAAAUUGGAAGACCAGGAGUUAUCUGCAAAGAAACAAAAAGAAAAGCUGAAAUCAGAACAACAGAAACUCCGCCAGAGGUUAAAACUACUUCUUCCACCAACCAAUACUGAGCGUCUCCGAACAGACAGCCUGGACUCUUCAGUCUUGUCUUCCGAGCACUCUGACCAAGGUGGGUAAACUAUUUAUGAUGCGCAGUAGCUUCCACAGUCACUGUUGAAACCAGGUAUUAAAGCUCCUAGGGAUUAAAUGCAUUUUGGAGAUAUUAUAGUGUAUGACCAUAUACAAUCUUUUCUUAAAAUAUAUUUUAAAAAAAUGUAGUUCAUAUAAUCUGACUCAUCUUUGUGCUCAGGAUUGCAAAUAAAUGCUGACGGCUGUAAUUAACACAUUCUCUUGCAAUAAAACAGGCAUUAUUGUAUAGACAGGGCUUAAAAUUUCCACUAGCCAAUGGCGAGUAAAUAUUUAGCCCUGACAAGUAGAAAUUCACCUCUGGUGAGAGUGCCAUGGACUCUUUAGGUUAUCAGUGGCUAGUAACUUCUAAGUCCUGGCUCAUAAUGUAAGGCUUGAAAUUGUAACCGCCCGAUGAUGGUGGUGGUGGUGGUGGUAGUAGUAGUAGUAGUGUAGUAAUACUGUUUCAUAGCAUAGUGUCACCUUGGGUGGUGCUCUAAUGGAGAUUUAACCAAGCAGAGUUUCUUACGUGCUUUCUUCUGUCUGCAGUUUGUAUAGAUCAGUUCUCAUGUGCAGAUAAAUUGUAUUGCAAAGCAGAUUGGUAAUUUCUGGAAUGAAAGCCAUUCCUUGUUACAGUGGCUAGUUUUCUGAAUACUCUGUGUUUGGGAAAAGGCUUAAAAAAGUCUCUGAUGGGAUUUUCAAGCAUUACAUUAUGAUGUAAUGUACUGUUAUCAGAUAAUCAGUAUCUAUAAAUAUAGUAUACCUUCUAUUUUGAGAAAAAUCUAGUUACUGAUUGUGGUAACAAAUAAUGGCCUUUGCUCUGUAGAAGUCUCCAUUCUUCUGUGCUACAUGGCUUUUACUUGAUCAGAGAAGGUAAUGCCACUCAUUGGACUUCCACUACAAUAGCCAUGAGAUAAUACUCUGUCUGCAUCAAGCAUUUCAAACUCAAAGGCUAGCACGGCCAAAUAAACCAGGUUUAAGUUUAUUUGGGCCGCAAAAAAACAAACAAACCUUAGAUUUUCAUAGAAAUGUAGAUUUGUUUGAAAAGUACCGUAUUAAAAAAAAAAAAGCAUCCCUCAAUACUAAUUCCCAUUCCUCCCUCUACUAAACCCCGGCCCUUGUUUUAAAAGAAAAAGAAAAAAAACAUUGGCCAACAAGCAGACUCCACUCACAUUGCUGCCAGUAUGCGACUCUGGAGUCCAGCAUUUGGUAUACCCCCAAUGGCACCGUCCACACCCUGUGCCAAAGCGGAUCCUCGCGCUAUUCCUUGAAACCCUGUGAAGAUGGAGCGUGUUGAUGUGGCGUUGCGUAGUAAAGUUUGGCAUUUGUUUAUUGUUGUUGUGGUGUUUGUGUUUCUCCCCCCCUCCUUCUAUUGUGCUUUAUUGUAGUCCAUAACUUAACUUAUUGCAUAAGUGACUUUUCUAUUUAUGCUGGAUUUAUAUAUAAAAAAAAUAGUACAAGGUAUAAUUUCCUUUGUGUUUCUUGUGCUGACUGUAAUGUAUCUGUCAUUUUAAUACUCACAUUUUUUUGGGUUCAUUUAUACACCCCUUUAUUUUAUUUUUAACUUUUUUAGCAUUGAUAGAUGUGUUAUAUCAACAGGAAUGUAAUAAGAAACAUAUGUCUCUACUAAUCUUAAUUUACUUUUAUAUCUCUGCAGAAGAUUUGGAGGUAGACGUUGAGGGGAUUAUUCUCAGUGGGAACGAGGGUGACCUCUUUGUUUCGUUCAGUGCUGGCACAGAACACAGCUACUCUACUCCUGCUCAUGCCUGGCUAUGACAACAGAGGAAGAGCACAGACUUAAUACAGCAACUGAAAGCAGUUUUCAUGGCUAUGCCAGAUAAAACAAAAAAGACGUGCAUUAUGACUUCAUACAUCACUCAAUGAUGUAGUCCUUUAUAUUUUAUGUGUAUCUCUUUUAGUUUUUAAACCACAGUGGAUUCUCCUGAAACUGAACUACUACUUCUCUUAAAUUUUCCCAAUGUGUUAUUUUCGUAAGAAAAAAAGCAGGUUUUAAUAUUGGAUUCCUAAAUUUAUUUUUAGAUGAUGGGCUGGUGCAAUGGUGAGGACUGACCUGCUUUUGUCCAUACCGAACACAUAUUCUUGGGAUUUUAUUUAUUUUUUCCCUUCCUCCUUCUGUAAAGCUGUAUAACUGCACUGAUUGUCCAUGGUCUCUGCACUCCAGUAAGUGGUGAAAGAAAAGAAAAAACUUCAGAACAAAAUCCAGGCCUUGUAAUAAAUGAUAGGUUAGGUAACAUGAGCUACAUUUACCCUGUUAUUUUAAGUGGCAACUCUUCACUCAAUUUGUGCAUUGUAUAUUUUGCACAGGACCCAUGUGAUCUAUUUUGGGGUGUUUGGAAAUAAAAUGGCGCUGAUGCCCAGUAUUGAGCACUAAGCCUGUUUCUAGCUUGACCCCAGUUGCAUUAUAAGUCCUAUUUAUUGUAUUUAAUUGAAAUAUUAAUUUAGGCUAGGGUCUCCACCAGUGAUUGAUUCCGUGUGCACUAGUUGUGUGGAAGAUUGCAUUUAGCUAAUUGUGCACUUGAUGGGGAAACAAAAAACCUACAUUGUUUAUUUUAAGAUGGCACUUAUGUUAUAUGAAGUUUGACGUGUCACAUAAACUCAUUCUCUGCAAAGUUAUAUGCAAAAAAACCUCCCCUAAACUUUUGUUUGUGUUCUAGAAUUUAAUUUGUAAUUAUAGUGACCGCUAUAAUUACCCUGUCUCUGGAUAUUUACAUAGUGCAUUGCAGAUUAUUUAAUACCCUAAAGACUUUCUUGAAUUUUUUUUUAAACAGACACAGUGAAGAAAACUCAAAUGCGUUGCUUAUUAAUGGUGUACAGUAAUACAUUUUCCAAUCUUUUAUUUUCAAGUCAUUAAUUUGGUGAGACAUUUCCAUAAUUAUACAAUAUACACCUGUUCGCCCUCGUUAUGCACCAUUCAGAGUCAAGUUACUGGUACUGAAGUUUUGCCCGUCUCUUGAGUCCUCGGGUGUCAAACCGCACCCCCUCGCCACCCGAUGCUUGUAUUGCUGGACUACAAAUACCAUAAUUCACUGCAAGCCUAUGCCUGUCAGAAUCAUGGGAGUUGCAGACCAAUACUAUUUAAUUCACUAAUCUGGGGAUUGAGUGGAAACUGAUGGAGGAAGUUUAGCGGCCAAAAUAGCCUAAAUGGAAAAAAAAAAAAAAAAAAAAAUUAAAAAAACUUCCAUCUUUCCUAUUAUGGCUGAAGUUCAUAUUCCUCCUUUCAAUUUGUUACCAUUUCUGGUUCAGUCAAUAACCCCCUAAUCUCACCAAAACACAGCAUUAUAUCCUGGCCUGUAAAAUGGCUCACAAUAACUGCACACUUACCCUCUAGCCUUUUCUACGGCCCUCUGACAACAGAAUUGUUUUAUUUUAUUUUAUUGCUACUGUGUUGUAUCACUAAAUUUUGUAUUCCUGCACUUACUGGAUGGGGAAGAAAACCUGCCCUUUCAGGGUUUUGGCACAGCUGGUAUUGGCACUCACUAAUUUAGUAAUAAUUAACAACCAAAACUAAUUAUUGCAUUGGUAAUUGGCCUUCCUUAAACCAGUUGCAAAUAUCCAUUUGGGAUAUAAUUGAUAUAAAUAUUUCCUUAAGAAGGGAGGUGACCUUAUUCCUGCUUUCUCUCCUUAAUGGUGCAGUCUCACAUUCCAUGACCCAGCAAAUAUUCAGUGUAACAGAAUGUAAAUCCUGGGUUUUGAGGAGGAAUCCUCAAACAAACUUUUUAUAUUGUUAUCUAUAUUUUAGUAAAUGUGUAUUGUUCGUUAAUA